UGCCUUGGACACACACUCCCCCCAGUCCAUGUCCUUAUAAACCCUAAUAUUUUGUUUCUCCAAUUUUAGGACUAGGGCUAUGGAGCAAGUGUACGCAUGGGGGAGGGGCGAUUUUGGUCAGCUUGGUGUGGGCGAGCUCCCUCGCCAGUGCAGCACUUUCGUUUGGAUCAGCAGCCUCGCUCACAAGGACGUGGUACACAUUGCCGCCAGUGAUUAUCAUACGGCAUUUCUAACAGACGAAGGGGAACUCUACACAACUGGCUCGAACGAUUCCGGACAGCUUGGAACGAAAUCUUCCGGGUGUGAAUUCUCUCCCGUGAGAGUUUCAAUGCUAGAUACUUCACUUGUUUCUCACGUUGCGACGGGCCAGGGUCACACCGUCGCUGUGACUGACACUGGCUCGCUAGUUUCCUGGGGAUGUGGCGAGUUUGGCCAGCUCGGUCUCAAGGAUGCGGCUGGAGUUUUUACCAGCCCGCUGCCUCGCUUCCUUCGCGGUUCUCGCGAACUCCUGUUCGUCCGUGUUGCUUGUGGUUCUAGCCAUACACUCGCUCUCACAGGCAGCGGGGACGUUUACUCAUUCGGACAAGGCACUUUUGGUGCUCUCGGUCACGGAACCACGGAAAGCUGCAGCUCGCCGGUGAUUGUUGACAGCCUUUGGGGCUUGGGAAUCGUCCAGAUUGCCUGCGGUGACAAUCACAGCUGCGCUUUGACAGUUGAGGGUCAGCUCUUUAGUUGGGGACGAGGAAAGUAUGGGCAGCUUGGCUGUGGAAGCGUUGAAAACCAUUUGCAGCCGGUGCCUGUCACGGCUCUCAGUGAUCGUCUGCUUACUCAGGUUGUCUGUGGUGCGGACUAUACCAUGGCCAUUGAUUCAGAUGGGCAGCUUUUUUCAUGGGGGCAUGGUCACUGGGGUCAGACAGGCCAUGGCACUCAAGAUAACAUCCUUGUUCCAAAGCUGGUUUGCUCGCUUGAAAAUGACAAUAUUGUCCAGGCAAGUGCGGGAGCUCGUCAUGCUGUAGCCUUAACAUCAGGAGGUGGCGUUUAUGCGUGGGGUGACAAUGAGCAAGGACAAGUUUUACCUGGAGGGAGUUCGAUCGUGCAGCUCACACCAUUGUUGCUAAACUUGUCGCAAAUAAGUUCCAAGCAAGUGGUUUAUGUGGUGGCAGGGGGAGAACAUACGCUUGUAGCGUUUGACUGCGAUGAAAAGCAAUUGUCGACACUGAUUGACCUACAAGGAGAUGAAAAGAAGAUGCAUAAACUUGAUAAACACGGAGCAGGAUUGCGGGCGUUAAAACUUCCUUGCCUCCAUAUUUUGUUUCAAGAAACAAGAAACAAAGCCGCAUUGCUGCAUAGUUUGGAAAGUGUAUUUUCCUCGCCCAAGUUCUUAAUCAUGUCUUUCAAGUCCCACUCGGCAUGCUGGUGUGGAACGAGAGAAGAUGAUUCGUUUUCUCCUGAUGCACCGGAAACUGAACUUAACAUUAGCUACAUACAAAAUGUUUAUCACAAAAUAUUGGAACUCUACGACCCGGAUGUUGUUCAAAGACUCGGGGCCUCUAUUAUUCGAUUACUUGAUUCCAUCGAAAAGCACAUCGAUAAUGCGGCGGAAUCCAGGUGGCUGCGGGCUUUGCUGAUCAUUCUACAAUGUCCCCUCGUAGGAGAGAAAGGACUUGGCGAUAUUAUAUCUGUAAAGCUUUUUACUUUGUUUACUCAGGUAUCCUCGUCCGGAGAACGGAUAAUGGAGGAAUACUUAAAAGGAUAUCCGAAAGAAGUUUUUGGUGGUCGAUUUGUCCGAGGAGUUCAAAACUUCAUUGUAAAUAGAAACGAUUUGUUAAACGGAAGAGGUCCCGUUCCUGUUGAUAUCUCUGCAGCUUUGAAGGUUUUGUCGAUACUUCAUACUGUGAACGAAAAGGAGAAACUUGUACAUUUAAGUGAAUUUUAUAACUCUGCUGUUAGCCAGGACGCUGACCUUCAGGCAGAAUAUUUGAAAUGGUUACAUGUUCAAUAUAAAAUGCAACCAUUGAUCUGCUACUGUCAGGUGCCUUUUAUUCUUUCUGCGGAAGCCAAGAGCCGAAUAUUACAAGUUGAAGCGAAUAUUCAAAAGCAACAUAUUGUGCAGGCAUCCAUGAUUGAGCAUAUGCUUGGGAAUGCAUCGGCUAGUCCCUUCUUGGUUCUUCAGGUGAGAAGAACCUCUCUUGUACAAGACAGUUUGCAUCAGCUGUCUUUACAUCAUUACGAGCUGAAAAAGCCACUCAUGGUUAUAUUUGAGGGAGAAUCAGGCGUGGACCAAGGAGGUGUCACAAAGGAGUUUUUCCAGCUUCUGGUUCGCGAUCUCUUCAAUGUUGGCUAUGGGAUGUUUACAUACAGCGAGGAGUCACGAUACUUUUGGUUCAACUCCAAUUCUAUGGAGACAGAUCUUGAAUUUCAGCUGGUUGGAAUUAUUUUGGGACUGGCGAUUUACAACGGUGUCAUUCUGGACGUUCACUUUCCACUUGUAGUAUACAAAAAGCUUCUGGGGAUCGAUCCUCGGCUCCAGGACCUACGGGAUUUGCAGCCUCAAGUUUACAGGAGUCUUAACAGCCUUUUGUCCAUGGAAGAGAUCGAGUCAAUGGACUUGUAUUUCGAGGUUUCAUAUGACUGUUUUGGAGAGAUCAAAACACAUGAACUCAUACCAAACGGCUCGUCCGUGCAAGUUACAGGCGAGAACAAACAAAGAUAUGUUGAUCUAUACGUCAAUUACCUGCUUGAAACAUCAAUCGCGACCCAGUUUUCUGCCUUUAAGCGGGGCUUCCUUCAGGUUUGCGGUGGACCGGCCUUACGCCUUUUCCAGUAUGAAGAACUAGAGCUGCUCAUCUGUGGUUUACGUCACUACGACUUCGAUGCACUGGAACGAGGAACGACGUACAAAGGAGGCUACACGAAGGACAGCAAUGUCAUUCAGUGGUUUUGGAACCUGGUGAAAGAGAUGAGCGUCGAGGAGAAGAAGCAGCUCCUCUUCUUUACCACCGGAAACGAUCGCGCACCCGUGGGAGGCCUGGGAAGCUUAAAACUUAUAAUCCAACGCAAUGGAGAUGAUACUGAGAGGCUCCCGACGGCUCAUACGUGUUUUAACAUUUUACUUCUCCCGGAGUAUAGCUCCCAAGAAAAGCUGGCUGACCGGCUUAAGCUGGCAAUUUCGAACUCCACAGGCUUUGGCUUGCAAUGAUACUUAAGUAACGAGCCUUUGGAAUAGAAACUAUUUUAAUUUUAGGGUUGUAA